AGGGAGUCGAGUUUCUUAAAUGCGCCGCCGUCGCCCACUUCCACAGCAGAGCCGCGGAGCGCAGUGACCGGAGCGGCGGGGAAGCACCAACCGUGAUCCUUCUGUCCCAGAGCGGCUGUGGACACUCACAUCUGCGGCCGGACCAUCCGUCAGUGCGUCGGUUCCUCCAGCCUCCGACUUCUCCAGAGCAAACGAAAGAGUUCAUGAGCAGCAGGAAGCUCCUCAGGGUUCCAUACCUGGAUUAAAACGCGCAGUCGACGAUUCACGUCACAGAUUUAAAUCUUUUUUUUCUUCAUCUUUUUGGUAAAGGAGGGUUUUUCCUCGUCUCUGUCACAAUGUUGUGGAAAUUAGCCGACAACGUGAAAUAUGAGGAUGACUGUGAGGAAAGACACGAUGGCAGCAGCAACGGGAACCCGCGGCUGCCUCACCUGCCCGCGGUCAGCCAGCACCUCUACAGCCCGUCCCCCGCCCUCUCACACUCGGCCAGCUCGGACUUCCAGCCCCCGUACUUCCCUCCUCCCUACCAGCCCAUCACCUACCCACAGCCCAACGACCCUUACUCCCACCUGGGCGACCCCUUCAACAUCAACUCCAUUCACCAGUCGCAGUCGUCGAACCAGCAGCAGCCGUGGCCCGGCCGCCAGGGCCAGGAGGGGCUGGGCGCGCACGCUCGGAGCGGACUGGCGAGUCAGAUCCUGGGCCUGGACGGAGGCUCCUCCGGGGUGAGGAGGGAAGGCUUCCGCCGGCCCGAGCUGCUCCCCCAGCACGCACAUAGCCUCGAGUCGUCGGUCAUCAGUGACAGCAUGGGGAUGCACGACAUAGGCCACGGACUGGAGGAUGUUCAACAUGUAGAUGACCACAGUAUUAUAAUGGCCGAUCAGACAGUCAUCAAGAAAGUAUUAGGACUACGAGGUGGCAGGAACCUUGAUCGCUUACAGAGGACUUAUUAUCAGGGGGGCGUUCUUGCGGGUCCCGUCACUCUACCCAAAGGAAAUGCACUGGGUCUUCCCUUCCAGAAAGAGUCCCUGCUGGGCAUGGUAUCAAAUCCCACGGAGGUGUUCUGCUCCGUGCCAGGCCGCCUUUCCCUGCUGAGCUCCACUUCCAAGUACAAGGUGACCGUGGCAGAGGUCCAGAGACGUCUGUCACCCCCAGAGUGUCUCAACGCAUCGCUCCUGGGAGGGGUUUUACGCAGAGCCAAGUCAAAAAAUGGCGGUCGCUCUCUGAGAGAAAAGCUGGAUAAAAUUGGGCUGAACCUGCCGGCAGGAAGGAGGAAGGCAGCCAACGUCACUCUACUUACCUCACUCGUAGAAGGUGAAGCUGUUCAUUUAGCGAGAGACUUUGGUUACGUAUGUGAGACGGAGUUCCCUGCAAAGGCGAUUGCUGAAUACCUCGGCAGGCCGCACGUAGAACGCAAUGAGGUUAACUCUCGGAAGAAUAUGCUCCUUGCUGCCAAGCAAAUCUGCAAGGAGUUUACUGACUUGCUCACUCAGGAUCGAUCACCUCUGGGAAACUCUCGGCCGGCUCCCAUCAUGGAGCCUGGAAUCCAAGGCUGCCUGACCCACUUCAGCCUCAUCACUCAUGGCUUUGGCUCUCCGGCCAUCUGCGCCGCCAUGACCUCACUGCAGAACUACCUGAACGAGGCGCUCAAACAAGUGGACAAGAUGUACCUGAGCUCUGGCAACGACAACCAGGGAUCCUCAGACAGUGGAAGCAAAUCUACCGACAAAAUGGACAAGCACAGGAAAUGAGAGCUCACAAGAGAAUCCCUACAAACUUGAGAACCCCCCCCGCCCCGAGCCCCUUAAUCUUGCUGCCCUGUCUGCCCUUUUUGGACUUUUUUAAAAUCAAUAUUUAGUAUUGUCUUUUUGAAAGCUGAAUUUGUGCGUGACUGUGUAUGUACGUACUGUAUGCUCGCACUGUUAAAUUUAUAUAUUUUUAGAAGUUGAGGAUUUCUAAAAACUUGUCACAGCCGGCUGCAGUUCAGUCUGUUUUGGCACCUACGGUUAACGCCCGUGGAAUGAUCCUAAUGGGAGCGCCUCCUGUGAAGAUGUAUUACAGACCAUAUCAUAGCGACCACUCUGCAGUCCUAUACAGUUGCCAAUGUGCCGACGCUACAACCAUGGGACCUGCACUCUGUUGACAAGAAGAGGAAAAAGAACAAAGUGCAUACUGUUUUUUUUUCUCCCUAGAGGACAUCAUUUCAAGAUGAGUUGCUGUGGCUGUGAAUUCCUCUCAGCUUUCCCCCUUCUGCUCCGUCUGGAGGCAAAUCCACUGAUUUCCUGUGUCUCAAUGGACUUGCAAAAGGACAAUUUUUAUAUGAGAAAAAGAGAGAGAAGAAUAUCCACUUCGUUUUCUUUACUUUUUUAUGCUUGAUUUGUACAACCACUUCAAAAUGGCUCCAGUGUUAUUGUGCUUUGUUUCACGAGAGAUGAUUUGAAUCUUAUGUAAGCCUGAAUAAGAAUUGACGAUUUUUGGUUUGUCAGUCUGUGUUUGGUCAGAAACCAGAGACUUCAAAGUCGUUAUAAUAGAAGCCUCUUCAGUGUUCAUGUGGAUUACAGGCAUAGCAGUGCUUCCAUUGUUCCUCUAUCUUUUAUACCAGGCAGUGAGAACAAUAUUUUUGUGACUGUUAGGUAUUAAUCAUCAUUAGUAUUUAAAAACCUCAUGUUGACAUCAAUCCACCAACCAGUUUAGUCCUGCCGGAGUGUAUGCAUGUUGUGAGAGUGUGUGUAAAUGUACAUAUUUCCUUCUUCAAAAAUCUUUUAAUUAGACAUUAAAUUCCACACAUAGAAUUUUAUCCAGUGUCUUGUCCUGGAUGUAAAUAUUUUCUAAUUUAUGUUGUAAUUUAAUGGGCUUGUGUAAAUAAUGGUAUCAUUCUGGUGUAUGGUUUAACUUUUUAUGAUGAUGAUGUGUUAAACUUUUAUAAAUGGGUUAGUUUUUUAUCGAGUAGAGGUUAGGAAGUGGGCAUGAUAUACCUUUUUUGAAAAUAUGUAAAAAAAAAAAAAAAAA